CUAAGUAAACAGAAGCGCAAUAUACUAAAUUUAAAGGGAAACGCAAUUUCCAUAUUGAUUGACUUGUAAGAAAGAGUAGCUUUGAUUCUUACAAUAAAUAGUUUAACGACAUAUUAUGGACGGAAGUAUAGUGAAAUUUUAUUGAUUUUUGAACACGUUUAUAUGGCUUUUUUUAAUAAUAUCCUCGGUCGGAAUUACUUGAAGGAGCUGUCUGUAUUGUUGUAUUUUGUUAUUCUGCUUUGCUGCUGUCAUGUUUCCUGUGUUUUUGUUAAUGUCACAAGAAGUCAACGAGAUAUUCUUUCUUUUCCUGGUAUUUUGAAAGAUAAAUUAUGUGCUUCAUUUUGUCAAAAGAGAAAGUCAUUUUAUGAUGGGUAUUCGAAAAGCCAGGAAAUUUGUAUUUGUAAAUGUCGUAGCGACUUUAGAACAUUUGUCGCAGCCAAGUCGGAAUGCGUGGCUGAUAAAAAUCUACGCAAUGCAGGGAAAUCUCCUUUGAAAUUUUUACUAUAUGAAGAGGAAGGGGCUUAUAGCCCUCUUUACAUCACACAAUUUGACUCAAAUGCAACAGAAAUUUUGUUUAAAGUACCAGCUCUAGAUGAUGAAGAUAAAAAAUGCAUUCUGAAUGAUUUUGAAGUUCUUAGUAUGAUUAGUCAUGGAAAUACCUUGGAUUGGAAUUCAGUGAAAAGUGAUGUAAAUUAUACUAUGAAAGAACUUGAUGAUAGUGACAUUGAGAAAGAUUAUCCCUGGAUUAAUGACAAACAUGAAGGUUGGAUUAUGUUAACAUUAAAUUGGACUAUCAAUCCCAAUACGUUUACUGGCCGUAUCAUGAGAUUAAAUGUGACUUGCGAAGGCCAAAAAAAAGGCAACAAAAAAACGACAAACGUGUCUGGUUUUAUGGUCUUUAAAGUCAAUGGGACGCUCAGAGUUCCUGAUAGGAGCUUUAAAACAUCUACUAUGUCUAUGGCUCCCAUCAUGUCCACCACUCACAGCCUUACUCCUGCGCUGUCUUCUAAAUCAAUACUGACUACAUCCAGUGAUACAGUGGUGGUUGUAUCUACAAAAUUUAUAUCAAUGACAUCAUUGUCGAUGGAAUCAUCAUCACUUGUUUCUAUGAUAUCAUCGGAAUUUAUAUCAGUGACAUCAUCAUUACAUGUGCUAAUGACAUCAUCGUCAUUUCAGCCAUUGACGUCGCCAUCAUUCAUACCAAAAUCAUCGAAAUUUGAAACAACCAGGUUCACCUCGACUAUGUCUUCAAUGAUGAUUCUCAAUUCCUCAUCACCAGCUGUAGCAGGUCCAAUGAAUGCGUCAAAGUCACCAAACACUGCAGCAGUCACGGGUGGUGUUGUAGCAGGAGUUGUUUUAUUAUUGCUUGGUCUGGCAUUGCUUGUGUAUACUUUGCGAAAGAGAAGAAUGGAUAUAAAGAGACGAACACAUUCUGAUCUUGGGCAAUUAGAUCCAUAUCAUCCAAGUCUCUCUAGUCUGCCCGACGCCAUUCCAGCUUUAAACAACCCAUUAAAUGAUGGAAUAUAUGUAAACCCUGAAGUGAUUGAAGAUGAACGAGAUCGUCGCUCAGGAAUCAUGGCUGUUGAUUCAGCAGCUUACGAUGCAUGUAUAAUUGUGGAGAACCCUUCAGCUAAUCGUGAGGCGACGAGUAUGUAUGAUAAUGUCCCGGAGCCGCCAGAAAAUAUGUAUAAAGCCUUGGAUCCGACCAAAAGAGAACCUUCUGCGAAAUAUGAAAGUUUAAUCAAACCAACUGGCCAUGAGUAUUCAACUGUUGCUGAUAUAUCAGGCGACCCUGUGCGAGAGCCGCUAUAUUCAGAAAUUGAUCAGCUGCAACCAACAGUUCAAAUCAGGAACGCUAAUGGACUCACCGCGCCACCUCUUGAACCCCGCAAAUCUGAACCUAUAUAUAAUGUGCUUGAAAAUAGUGGAGAGGUGGCGACACCUGGGAAUAGUACCAACCAUGUGCAACCACCGCCUUUAGCCCCCAGAAAUCCUCUAACGUCUAGAGAACCAAUGAGCCGCCAAAAACCCCUCGCCCCAGCCGUUAAGGAACAGUCGAUAUGUAACCAACUUGAGAAUAGGGAAGGCAAGGAGGAGUCUAUUGAAGUUGAUGAUGAAAAUGGACCUGUUUAUUCUGUACUGGAAAAUUAAAGCGAUAUUGCUGGAAUUGCCCAAUAAACGUUGCAUGGCCUUGGGAACUAGCUUUUACCAUAUCAACAUGAUCUGAAUCGAUACGCGACCGAAUUGUUUCAAUUUUUCAUCAUGCAAUGAAGCGAUUAUUUAUAUUACAAAGCUUGAACCUUCAGUUAAGUUAUCAAUUAUCAUUACAGACGAUUACAAUGAUAUAAAUAUAAUCUUUUAUAUAAUGUUUGUAUUUAUUCUCCACAAAUCGCUGAGCGAUGCAAUAUACCCAGUCUGAGGUUGUAUUUAAUAUUGAGGUAAGAAAAACACAAAAAAAAAAAAAAAAACAAAAAAAAACAACAUCUUAAGC